AUAUAUACCUGGGUGGUAUUAUUGGCAGAAGGGCCAUCGUUCCAUCCCUCAGCAUUCUAUCCCCCUACUCAUGGCCCACGAAACGCCCGCACCCGCAUACUCGCAGAGCGAAGAGGAGGUAGCGAACGGCGUCCAGGUCGAGCGCGACUCGCAGUUUCUCAUCGACAGUUUCCUACCCUCCGCCACCGAUGCUGCACCUCCAACGAGUAAGCUCCCGCUCCCGUUCUGCUUGCCCCAGGUUGUGGCAGGGGAGGGCACGCCAUUCGCGCGUGGCUAUAGUGAUGUUCUGCGGGAGACAGUCAAUUUGUCCAUGGAGGAAUUUGUGGCCUUCUUAGAUGGUUUGAAUAUCGCGACUGCCGCGAGUCCGCCGCUGAGGGUGGUUCACAUGGUCGGUGUGGCUAUCGCGUAUGUACCCUACCACUGGUUCAUGAUCGCCGGCAUCGCGCUCCAAGUCGGCGCGAAGGUGGGCAUGAAAGUCAUCUCCAAAACCCUCACCGACCGCUACAUGCGCGCCGCCAACCUGCGCAUCUUCCGCCCCCGCGGCCUGGCUGCGCGCAUCUGCACCACCGCCGGCGCCAUGACCCUCAUCGGCGUUAACCCGGACGGCGUCGGCCCUAAGAGCGCGCUGCACAAAGUUGGUCGCGGGGUGGGGAAGGUGCUGCUGAAGAUGCCGCUCCCGACUGCGGGCAGGCUCGUGCACGCAAUCGCGGGGUCGGGGUCAAGGUCGGGGUCGUCGCCGGGGAGCAGUGCGGAGAGCUUGAACGUCGCGGCCGCGGAUGCGAAGGGCUGGGAGAUGCACGUCCUGGUGCAGCGCCGGCUGGAGGCGCUGGGCGACGCUGUGCUGCCGGUGUCGAUGGACGUGCCGCCGCCGGCGAAGGCGAAGGGCGCGAUGGAGACGAUGCAGUCGUGGGGCGUCAAGUUCGACGAGGGACAGGCGAAGCGGCGGGAGCGACGGCGCGUUGCACGCGUGCAGAAGUUGGCCAAGGAGCAAGCGAAGAAGGCCGCCAUGGACGCAGGCGACUAUAGCCAGGCGUCGGUGUACGACCGCGUAUCGCAUCAGGUGUCGGUGCGCCGAGAGCAGAAUCAGUUGCUCGUUGGUUCUUUGCUGGGACCUCGUUUGCUGGGAUCUUCUGUGCUGGGACCAAAGCCAUCCUCGCUCGAGACGAGAGUGGCAAACGCGGAGCUGAAGGACAGGUGGGAGUCGGAUGAGACGCUGUGGCUUGUUAUCAUAGACGCUGCCCGAGACCGGGAGAUCACAGGGAUAGACGAAGCGGAGAACGAACGGAACGAAGAAGUUGUGACCGAGCAAGCUUGGAGGCAAGAGAUGGAGCUGGAAGGGUUAUGACAGUCAGAGGCAACUGCCUCCCUGAAGUAGAAAUGGCUGUCGCAUAGAUAAGCAGACCCAGUAUGAGACGCACCUUGGGCUUUGCGCUGUAUGUUCGCGACACAAGUAUUCAACUUGGUACAACCGUCGUCAAGGUGCAAUAUCCGAUAGCAUUUGAGCAUUAAGUGCUAG